GGCGUCUCGCGCGGCGGACACAGGUGAGUCUAACGAGGAGAUGAUUGCUGAGGUGAGAGGCGCCCGUUCGGAGGGGGACGCUCACUCGCUUUAAGAAACAAACACAACAAAAACAACAACCUCAUCGGCCCCAAAUCUCUCUCGGUGGAGAAAAUAUUCUCAUUUUAUUGAACCUCCAGCUCACUUUGCUGAUCAUGAGGGGAGAAACGCACACGGAAAACGAGCCCGAGUCCGAUGAGCCCGCAGGCGGCGCAGCAGGGGGGAGACGACCCAGCGUUGAAGCGCUGCAAAACAUCCUGAAGAGAGUCUCCAAAAGCCCUUUCCAAAUCCAAUACCAGAACCUUGUUUCAUCGAGCUCUGAUUCUGGCGGGUCGUCUGUGAAUGAGUCUCAAAGCAAACAGGCCGGUGAGCUCCUCACGGAUGCCUCCUCCCCCGCCGCCGCUGCCUCGGGUGUGACGGACCGCCGCCACCACCAGCCGCAGAGAGGACAGAAUGGAGUCAAUAGGGACGUGGCUAGGACGGCUAACCCUUUUUAUACAAACUAUUUGGACUCUCUCGCCGAUGGUCCUGUAACGGAGGACGUUGGGGGGAAAACGUCAGAGGACCUGAAACAAGAUACCGUCCUUGUCCCUUGGCCCAAUUUUCAGAUUUCACCUCUGGAUCCUCAGCCUGAAAUGACGACCACGGAAAAGGGUGCUGAAUUUUCUCAACUUCCAAAGGACCCAUUUGAGACCUUUACCCCCAACCUUGUGCAAGACCCCUUCCAGGCACCAGCAUUGGCCACUAACGCGACUACAAAUGGCUAUUUUCCUGACAUCGCCUAUGACUCUCAGAACUUAUUUGGGCCAAUCCCCGCCAAACCACAGAACCUUUCUAAACCUUUGCCGUUUGAAAGCUCUGACCUGCUUCAAGAGCAAAAGGUCAAUCUUUUCCAGGCCACCAAAGAAGAGGAUUUGCUCCAUGCUGAACGCACCAGGAAGGUAAACCUGUUUGACAAAUCUCCCAUGAUAUUUGUUGACCCAUUCCAAUCUCCUUUAAACGAGGAGGACGAACUCUUCAAGUCUUCACGGCGAGAGGCGGCAAACCCGUUCUAUACCUCCCCACCCGACGAUGCAGGUGGGGAAAUCUCCAGCAUCAGUGAGGACAAGCGAGAUCCCUUUAUGAAAGAAGACGUUUUUGGCAUGUUCUCUUUUAAGGAUACUUUUUCAUCUUCAUCCACGAAUAUGGUCGAUCCAUUCCCAAGCCCACUCUCGAGGGAUUUAUUCCAAGACGUUUCCAGUUUGGACGACCCGUUUGGUACCACUCCCGCAAGUCACUUUGUGCCUUUUCAAGAUGUUUCCCCUGAGACUCCGGACAUCUUCAAACCGCUUCCCCCAAAGCCCAACGGCAGGGAGGUAUUCGGGAUGACUUCCAGAAAUACUGUCCUGAAGCCCAUCUACUCGACCCCUUUAAUCAACAACCCGUUCGAUACGAAGUCGGACAUGCUGUCGCCGCUAGAUCUCUUCGCGGAAACGCCAUCGCAAUCUACCCCGGCCAUCCAAGCAAAGUUGACCGACAGGCCGCACGAUAUUCUCCUGACGACUCCUCAGGGAACCGAACACAAUAUUCUUCAGCAGUCUCCCUUCACUCGGGGCAGAAAUCGUCCCGUGCUACGCAGCCAUUCUUCAGCUGAAAUGACUCAUGUGCAGACUUUCAAACGUCCGCCCAAGCCGCUUCCUCGAAGUAGACCACCAACAACAGAAAACCCUAUUGAACCUAAAGCAACUGUACCAAAAGUCCCUCCGAAACCAUCCGUCAGACCGGCCCUACGGUCAAUUACUCCACCCAAACCCCAAACUACGGAAACUAAACUAAUGGAAUCUGAGGACUCGGCCCACUAUGAGAGCGUCCUGCUGACUGGACAGGAAAGGUGUGUGGAAGACUGGCCUGAUGACAGCCCUCAGCUUAACCCGGACUUCAAACCAGCGGGAAGUUUAAGACUACGACGAGACUCUUUCAAAGUGAAGGCGCUCUCUGAAGGGGGAAGUGGGGACGACCAGGAGGGUUCUGUGAAGAAAAGCGACAAAAAGUUCCGAUUGUCUCUACUUUCUAGAAGAGGGUCGAAGGAGAAGUUUCCGGAUGAAGCGAAGGAGGGGAAGAGCAGGUCGCUACCCAACUCUCGUAAAUCAUCAAAGGAGUAUCUUUCAGAAGAGAAUGAAGGAGAGCCGGACGAGAUGGUCCACAAAAAGACAUUUUUGAAGACCAGCGGCGGGAAGCUCAGACGAGCGUCCUUCACUUCCUCCGUGCUGAUGGGAAAGCACGCCAACGGACGUCUACCUCAAGAAUCACAGUGGGAAGAUGACAUCGAUAAGAAAAACUCCAUUCGCCAAUGGUCAGAGGGGAAAGUUUUGGAUGGCAGCCCUGGUGAGGAAGAAGAAGACAUGGACAGCAACGGAACUAAGACAAAAAAGAAGAUGAAAAUCAGAUUCGUGCCAAGAAGGGGAUUCAGCAUCGUUGUAGAAAAGGGAGCACGUGGAUCUGCACCUCGCAAAGACUCAAAGGAUAAAUCGCAAGAGGAAGUUUUGGGUGCACACGGCUACACACCUCGUAAGAAGUCCCAGGAUAAUGUGUUUGAGGGCGUAGAGGAAAGUGUCCGCCGUCUUCCGUCAACUAGCAAGGCUGCUCUUCUGGACGAUGAGCACUUCCAAGCAGCACACUACAUGUCCUCACCGAAUGGAGAUAAAGAUCCGUAUGAAACGGAGGACUUGCUGGACCCCAAUCUUCAGAAACAAAAGAGCAGCUUCUCGGGAGACGACCUAUACGACGAAGACUUUAUGGACGACUGCAAAUCGAACGUAGCCAAACACAAAGGCCUCGCACGGCACUCUAAGACGGGCAAAGGACAGAGUCGACCUCGGCAAGCACCUGAUAAUCACUUUGCUGGGGAUGACUUUUACGAAACAGGAAAAUUUGGCCGGAGUCCCGGAGAGAUGUACGACCCCGCAGACGACGAGGUCGAAAUGUGCAAACCGAAGAGGGACAAAGCUAAAGACCUCAUGAAACUGAACAAAGCCACGCCCCCCGAGUGGGACGGUCCACCGGGAGCCACGUCUGGUAACUUCCUGUCAGAGGCCGCCGCGGCGGAGUGGCAGGCUGCUCAGAGGGAUGAGCAUGCCUUAGCAGUUCUGGAGGAGGAGUGCGAGGACGGGGACACUGACAGUUUGAUGGAGUGGUGGAACACUGUGGAACAAUGGGAUGAGGUCCCGUCGGACGAUGAGGACAAAGUCCUACAGGAGGACGAAUCAAAGUCGUUCACCAUCUUGGCGGACAAGGUCCAUCGCGGCCUGCGGGUCUUCAACAAAGUCUUCACGGAGCGAGCCGAGGUCCUCUGGCAGUUAGUCAUCGCGCUCCACUCCAUCGCCGAUAACCUCAACGAGUUCCACCAGAAGGCCAAGAUCGCCGGCAUCACCGGCGGCACCACCACAGCCGUCGGGGGGGUGACCGCCAUUGCCGGUCUGGCUCUGGCGCCCUUUACCUUUGGCGCCUCUCUCGUGGUCACAGCCGUUGGUGUCGGCAUGGCGACGGCGGGGGGCAUCGCCUCGGCCUCCGCGGCCAUCUCCGAUAACGUCAACAACGUCCACGACCGGAAGAAGGUGGAGAGCGUCCUGCAGGAGUACGAGGCUCACCUGAAGGCCAUCGGGAAGAUCCUCCACUUUGUCAACACGGGCGUGUACAAACUCCGCGGCCAUCCCUUCCUCAGGUCCGGCACGCGCCACUACUCCAAGGACUGGGAGACCCGACGGGCCGUCCAGAUGAUCAGCCUGGUCGACUCGCCCGUGAUGAAGGGGACGGAGGUGACUGACGAGUCGCUCGCCUCCAUCCAAGGACUCUUCAAAGGCAUCGACAAGUACUUCCUCAAGGACACCAAGGAGCUGAAGAAAGGCCACAAGAAAGAGGUGGUGACGCAAAUAAAGGAGGUGGCAAAUGCGCUGAAUGACGGGAUAGUGGAGCUGAAUGCUAUCAGAGAAGAGCUACAGGAUGCUACUGGGGACAUAUGCAUGAACCUGUUCGGAAGAGAGAAAAGUGCCCCGACCCCGGUGGUUCCCCCCCGACCCGCCAAGGAGGAUCUGGACAACCCCAUCGAGCACGGCCGGGACCAAGUCACCGCCGGCGAGGCCACGCGUGACCUCGACCCGAAGCCAAAGACGGGGAUGAUGGGAGCUGUGAACAAGGUCAACCCAUUCAAGUCAACCUCACCGGCCCCAGUCGGCAGCGCCGCUUCCUCGGAGUCGCCGCCGCCGCAGCGAGGAGCCGGUUCCUCACAGGGCCCUGGUGGUCUGAGAGGGGUCAUGCAGAAGGUCAACCCCUUCAAGUCUUCCUCACAGGCCCCGUCCCAAGUGAGCAAAGCUGCUUCCUCCGAGUCUCUGGAACACGGAGCCGCUGCCACGCAGAGCCCGGGUGUGCUGAGAGGGGCCAUGCAGAAGGUCAACCCCUUCAAGUCCUUCUCCCAGGUCUCCGAAGCGUCAUCGUCGGAGUCGCUGGAGCAGGGACGUCUUUCAGACGCCAACCAGAACCCCGGGAUGUUUAAAGGGAUGAUGCAGAAAGUGAACCCCUUCAGGUCUUACAAACAGAUGUCAGGAGAGGAAAGCCAGACGGACUCGGCCGCUCUCAGCCCAGCGUCCUCGUCGCUGCCGCAGGAAAACCAAUCGAUCUGCAGAGAAGACUCCUCCAGCUCUGACAGCGCGGAUGACAGCGCCAUAGAAAGACACACUGUUUGGUACGACGGCCCGCCGCCGCCGGCCCCGAAGAAAAGAGCCCCGACCUUCAGAAUGAGGAGGAUUCUGCCCACUAACUUCUUUGGGUCUCGAACAAAGGACUCGUCGCCUGACGCUGGAGCACCAGCCCAGGAAGUGGUGGAAGUUCAGACACUACAGAUGGCCGAAGUGCCCGGCGAGGGAUCGCUGCUGGACCCUCUCGACGAUGAGGACGGCCUGGUGGGGUGGUGGAGAAGCGUAGACGGCUGGGAUGACUGGAACGACGGCAAGCAGAGCGACGAACCCCAAGAGGUGGUGGAGCAAGCGGCCGACCGCGUCUUCAUGGCGGCGCGCCUCUUCGUUCGCUUCUUCAACCAGCGCGGCGCCUCGCUGCAGCAGCGGAUCCUGGAGCUGAUGUCCGUGGCCGACUCGGCGGACGUUUUCCACAAGAAAACCGUCAAGGCGAGCGUCGGCGGCGGGGUGGCCAGCGUCGCCGGGUCCAUCACCACCAUCACCGGCCUCAUUCUGGCGCCUUUCACCGCCGGGGCGUCGCUCAUCGUCACGGCGGUCGGUAUCGGCGUGGCAACCGCGGGGGGCGUGGCUUCGGCCUCGGCCAACAUCACCGACACGGUCCACUCGAAGACGGACCGCAAGAAGGUGGAGAAGAUCAUCCAGGACUACGAGGACCAGAUGAAGGACAUCAGGGAGUGCCUGGAGUUUUUGCAGGAAGGGAUGGAGCUGCUCGAGGAGUGGAACUUUGAAGAGUACGCGGAGAACAUCUCCAAGAAGCACCUCAACCAGAACGUCAAACACGUGAUGAAGGAGGGCGGCCGGGCCGGCAAGGCUCUGGUGAUCAACACGGAGAGCCUGAUCAACACCGUCCAGGUCCUCAGCGCGGCGGGGGGCGCCGCCAAAGCCGCCCAGGUGAUGAGCGUCACCACGGGAGUCAUGUCAGGUCUCUUCCUGGCCCUGGACCUCUUUUUCCUGGCGAAAGACGCCAAGGAGCUCAAAGAGGGAGCCAAGACGGAGUUCGCCGCCAAGAUUCGAGAAGUCUGCCAGGACCUGCAGGACGGGCUGCUGGAGCUGAACCGCAUCAAGGAGCAGCUGCAGAGGACAAUAGACGGCAUCGAGGUGGAGGUGGAGGAGGACGAGGACGACGUGGAGAUGUUGAAGUCCGAGCUGAAAAAACUGGUGGAGUUUGAAUAAAGGGCAGUGGUU